UGGGCCGUUGCACACAUUACAAUUCUCUACUUGCACACUACUCCAUCUUCCCGCCGUCGGAAUCUAUCUCCGACCCAUGCUUCUUUUCACUCUAAUUUCACCUGCAAUCAACGCCGUCAAAGAUCUCAUUUUUAUACUGUUAAUAUCAUUUUCCCACACAUUUUAAGUUUCCUGCUUUUCGGAAAUAGCAUACGGGAAAUGAUAUGGCGAUUGCGGUUCAAAUUCCUUGCAAACAUUACUUUUUCCCCACCCAAGUCGCGAUCUUUCUCUGCACUUCACCAUCUUGCUUCUCCGCUUAAGCUCUCAACAGAUACCAACCCUCGAUUCAAAUCUUUUAGCAAUCAGCAACAACCCAGCCACAAUCCCCAACCCAUAUUUCUCACUCAUCAAAUCGUGCUAACCACUUUACAAAACUGCCCUUCUGAUUUAGUAGCUCUGAGCUUUUUCCUAUGGUGUGCACGGCAACCCCAUUACUUCCAUGACAAACCCACUUUCCGUCACAUGGUCGGUGUGGUUUCCACCUUAACCCAAAGUUACGGAACUGUGAAAGGGAUUGUUCAUGAAUUGGAGGCUGUUGGUUGCGUCACAAAGCCCCAAACUUUGUUGCUUUUGAUGAGAAUUUACUGGUGUGGAACUAUGUACCCUAUGGUAAUCGAAGCUUUUCACGACAUGUGUUAUUAUGGUUACACUCCAAAUACAUAUGCAAGAAACAUUGUUAUGGAUGUAAGAUUCAAGCUUGGGGAUGCGAAUGCAGCCCUCGAGAUUUUGGGGGAAACUGAGUCCCCAAAUUUCUUGAGUUUUAACAUUGCCAUUUGUAAUUUGUGCAGACUCAAUGAUGUCGAUAACAUUAGAGGUGUGCUUAGGAGUAUGUUGAUGAAGGGUUAUUAUAUGAACCUCGAGACCUAUACAUUGGUGUUUAAUUGUUUCUGCAAAUUCGGUAGGUUGGAGGAGGCACUACAGCUGUUAGGUAUGCUGAUAGUUUUGGGUGGGCAUGUCUCUGAGAAUGUUUGGGGUAUAUUGAUAGAUGGUUUUUGCAAGUCCGGGCAGAUUGAGGUUGCAGCUUAUUUACGAGAGAAAAUGGUUGAGAUUGGCUGUUCGCCGAAUGUUGUGACGUGCACACCAAUGAUCAAAGGAUUCAUGGAAUCUCGAAUGCCUGCCAAGGCAUUUGAAAUCCUUGGGGCUUUGAAAUCAAAAGGAUGUUUCCCUGAUCUGGUUCUUUGUAAUGUAUUGAUCGAUUGUCUAUCUAAGAUGGGGUGGUAUGAUGAUGCAUUUGAAGUUUUCUCUAGUUUGAGAGAACGAAGACUAAUGCCCGAUGCUUACACUUACUCUUCUAUCGUGUCUACUAUUUGUUUGUCUGGACAAUAUGUUCUUCUACCUUUCCUAACCAGCGGAUUUGCCGUACAACCUGACUUGGUGGUUUGCAAUAGCCUUCUAAAUUAUUACUGUAAAUCUGGUUAUCCAGAUUUUGCUGUUGAGUUUUAUGAUGACAUGAUAGACAGAGGGUUUCAACCCGAUAAAUAUAGUUAUGCCGGACUGCUGAGUGCACUAUGCAAAUCAGGUAGAAGAGACGAGGCGCUUAAUGUGUAUCGUGGAAUCAUUCGGAUCUGUCCAGGUAUUGAUGCUCACAUCCAUACUAUAAUAAUUAACGAGCUUACGAAAUCAGGUGGCUUUGAUGGAGCUAGGAUAUUAUUAAAAGAAGCUGCUGCAAAAAAGUAUUCACUCGAUGCUGUGUCAUACAAUGUUGUCAUUUGUGGACUUAUCAUGGGUAGUAAGAUGAAUGAAGCUUACACUUUGUUUACCCAAAUGAAGGAGACAAAUGUCGCACCAGAUAAGCUGUCAUAUAACCGGAUAUUGUCCGGUUUCUGUAAAGACAGGAAUUUCAGCAUGGUUAAACAUGUUCUACCAGAAGUGUUUGACAGAAAUAUUGAGAUAGACUAUCACACAUACAGAUUGAUGAAAAACCUUCUGUGUGACUCUCCCGAGACUCUUUCCGCUUUUAACCAUCUAUUUGAGUUGAGAAAUUCAGAGCAGUUGUUUUUGGUCGAUGGACAUGAUUCUGGAACCGAUGCUCGUAACAGUUCAUUGACUGAUUAUCGGGAUAUUCUACACCUUGGCACAGCCAGCUCUGACGAAUUCUCAGAUGAUGCUAUUGUUUCAGUCGGUUGAGUAAAGUGAAGGAAAAGUUGCCAGGCUUGGGAAGCAACUAAGUCGCCAUGGCCUUAUGUUGAAGUCACUUUUCAAAAGGUAAAGUGAUAUGAACUCCAUGCUGAAGAAGUAUAUGCCCUAUUUUAAUGGAUUGGAUCUCUGUUUACGACAAAUACAUUAUCUAGAAAUGGAGGAGGAGGCAGUCGCCAGUCAGUCCUGAAAAACUAGAGAACAAGAUAAAAUUUCUCAGUUUUCACCCUCAUCUUGCUGGUCAUAUCCAUCAGUUUCAGACAGGUUCUGUUUCUGGUUCAUUUAGUUACAUUUAACAGGCCUAUGGUGUGACCUUGGUCCUCUCCGGCUCUCAGUUCUUGCUGUUGCUACCUUAAACUAAAUCAGUUAAACUCUUUGUCCGCUGAUUUAUUUGUCUAUAACUAGUAAAACAACUCAUCAACUGUACAUGGUUUCGUGCGCUAUGGAUUUAAUAAUAUAAUACGUUGAACAACUUCACAAAUCUAGAUACUGCCCAUUUAUUGAUUGUUUGUUUAUCAGUGGGCGUGGGAUGUACAUUUGUUUUUUUGUUCAUUUUGUUAACAAAA